GUAAAAGUCACGGAUUGCGCAGGAGCUGUGAUCGUUUCCGUUUUGUUUAAUUUUGUGAAAGUGACUAUACCAUGAUAAUCAUGUUUCGCUUUUCUUCCAUAUUAGUUCUCCUUCUUUUAGUGUUUUCCAAUUAUGAUAUAGUAACUUCGAAACGUUAUUCAAGUAGCCAUUCUUAUCCAAAAUCCGGUGGCCUUUCUGGCGGUGGUGGCCAUUCCUAUCCGUCAUCGGGGGGCCUUUCUGGCGGUGGUAGCCAUUCCUAUCCAUCAUCGGGGGGUCUUUCGGGCGGUGGACAUAAAUAUCCCUCGUCAGGGGGAGGAAGUCACGGAUACCCGUCGUCUGGAGGUGGUGGAAGUCAUUCCUAUCCAUCAAAUGGAGGUUUAUCAGGAGGAGGAAGUCACGGAUACCCGUCUUCUGGCGGUGGUCAUUCGUACCCUUCAUCGAAUUCUCAAUCCGGUAGUCAUGGAUAUCCAGCUGGUAAGGGAUUAUCGGGCAAUACAAAUACGGGAGGUGGGCAUACUACCAACGUCCAUUAUCACUACAACUACAAUCCUCCCCAACAAAUUCGUUACACUCCUACGUAUGGAGGACCAGCUAGGACUUAUCCAGUUUAUCAUCAACCCCCUCCAACGUACGUCUACCAGUAUAAGGAUUCGGGAAGUAAAUAUGGCACAUUAUUGGCUGGUCUAGCGCUUCUUAACCUCGGGACGCUUGGUGUAAGUGCAUAUGCUCUUAGUAAGAGUCAUUCUAAUUACCAACCAAAGCCUGGCGAAGUGUGCAAGUUCGCAAUUAAGAAGGACAAUGGCGAUUAUGAGGAAACAAGAAUUGAUUGUAACUUGAUAUCUAGCUUUAUAUAUGAGGAGGAGGCCAAAACUAAGACUGGAGGUACAAACACAACAGUUGUAACAACAGUGACAAAUGUAACAACAAUUAACAUGACGAACGGUAAUGAGGCAGCUCCAUAUUCACCACCAUUAUCAAACCCGUUAUAUCAAAUGUUACCGAAUGGGACACUGGUUCCCAUUAAUGUCACCAAUGUUAAUACAACAGCCAAUAUGAACAAUAACACUAACGGUACGGUGACCUCAUCGGUGAUAGUCACAACAACAAAUACCACUACAUUAACAAAUGCCUUGGAUGUAAAAGGUAAACCAGUAGAUGUAACCCCAGGUAUGCAUUGUUAUGUAAUAAGUCACUCACCGAUGAGAAAUAUGAAGAGGUCCAUUCCUUGCGGCUUAUUACAAACAUACGCUGAACAAUCUUUGAAAAAGAAUUCUGCAACGAGAAAUUUACCAAUAAUUUCAAUAUUUGGGGUGAUUGUAGCAAUGCUUGUUAACUGAACACAAGUUUAUAAUUUUAAAUUAAUUGUAAUAAUUAUACCGAUCAUUCAAGCUUUUGUAAAUCACUUGAUAUGACAAUUGUACUUAUUACAAAUCAGGGCUUGAGAAAGUGUAGUUUUAUAAUUGAAAAAAUGACUUUGUAAUAUUUAUAUGAAUAGUAACAAAAAAUUAUAUACCUCCA